AACUUAACCUAACCUGUGUAAGUGUUCUAUUCUAUGCUUAACCUGUUCAAGUGAAAUAAAUAAUGCAUAAUGUCCAAUAAGUUAUUUCUUACUCCAAAAUUUAUUACAACCCCUUCGCAAAACGGGGUAGGGAGAUAUGUUUGUCAAUUGCAGCGUGUUGUACUUAAAUUCUGUAAAAACCAUGGAAGCAGUAGAGGCCUCCGAGAAUUCAUAGAACACGAUUUAAUCAAUUAUUCGAAGGAAAAUCCCGGUACAGUCGUUUAUUUAAAACCCAGACGACACAGAGGUCCUGUAAUCGUUGGGGAAUAUUUAAAUGGAGACCAACAAUCUAUCUACUGCAGGAAUUUCUCGCGCGAGGAAAUAUCAAAGUGGCUCAAUUUGUUGCUCAGUCAAUCUGGAAAUCACGAUGGCACAAGGCUUCGAAAGUUAUGGCACACAGAACAUCCUUCUAUUCAAGGUCCUUGGACGCCUUACACCUUCAGAGAUCCCAUGCUUAAUUUAGUGAAGUUUCCCAAUGCAGAUUUAUCAAAAGUGUUAAACCAGCCAAAAACUGCUACAGAGCAACUUUUAGAAUUAUUUGAAAAGAAAAAAAAUGAUCAUGCACCAAAGCAACAGUCUGAGUAACAACACAUUGUUGUAAAUAAUGUAGGUACCUAUUAGUAAUGUAGUAUAUAAUAAAUGUUCACCUAUGUGUAAUCUGCAAAAUUUA